UUGUUCUCUCUCACUGCCUUUUCUACUUCACUCUCUGCAGAAAAACAAAAACCCCGCUGUUUCUCUAUAAUCGAAAGCGGGAACCCUAGCGGGUGCCCGAUCCGUCAGAUCGGGUCCGGUCUUUUCCCGGUCAAUUGGGUUUCUGAAGAUUGUUUGAUAUUUCGAUAAUGGCCGGUGAAAAGAUGAUGGACAAUCCUGAACCUGUGAGUGCGGUUUUGAAGUCAGAAGUUGUUGCCAAAUUGGCUGAGCAGGAUGUGCCUUCUGGAAAAGUUGGAAUGCCAUCUGAUUUGACUUCAACAAUGUCUUCUUCAACAUAUCCUUCUUCUGGUGUGAAAGGUGAGAGUCAUCAAGACUUGGUUGGAGAACCUGGUGUCAAUCAACCUACUAGCUUUUACAAUUAUUACUACCCAGGAUAUAAUGGGUCACUCGUUCAAUCUGAUGAUAACAGUUAUUUUCUUGCCAAUGGUUCACAUACGGGUAUGCAAUCAGAGAAUGGUUCACUGGUCUAUUAUAUGCCUGGCUAUAACCCAUACGCAACUGGGACUCUAAUGGGUGUUGAUGGACAAUGCGUUGGCCAACAACCAUAUUUUUCAUCAGGAUAUUUUCAGCCUCCUGUUUCCUAUGGAUCAGAAGCCAUGCCUUGUUACAUAUGGGAUUCAACAUAUGCUGGAGAGGUUUUAAAUGGAAAUGUUGACGGUUUUGGAAAUGUAAACUAUGGUUCGGGUUCUGCUUUUGCAAAGUCGAAUGGUUUCAACUCUUUGAAAUCAAAUGGCCUCGUUGGUACAAAAUUACCAAAAUCUACUCAUACACAGCCUAUCAAAGCCCUAAACAAGGGGCCUCAUUUGGGUUCUGAUCUAUCGGCAGGAUCUUAUGGAUACCACCCAGCUGGAAAAUCUCCAUCAUUUAACAACCAAAAGGAAGGUCUUUUCCAACAUAAUGGUCCUAUGAACUACAGACUAAAUGGGAGAGGAUGGAAUCAAAAUGAUAGAUACAAGAAAUCCAACAGAGAUUUUGACUUUCAAAACUCAGCUGAAGUAACUCGUGGUCCAAGGGCCUGGAAUAGGGUUUUGGACUCUUCUGUCAAGAGGGAAGACUUGGGGCUCACUUUAUGUAAAGAUAAAUACAACCCACUAGAUUUCCAAACUGAGUAUGACAAUGCAAAGUUCUUUGUCAUUAAGUCUUACAGUGAGGAUGAUGUUCACAAAUCCAUGAAGUAUGAUGUGUGGUCGAGUACUCCAAAUGGUAAUAGGAAGCUAGAUGCAGCAUUCCAUGAAGCAGAAGCUAGAGAAAGUGAGACUGGCACAAAAUUUCCGAUCUUCCUCUUGUUCUCGGUGAAUGGAAGUGGACAGUUUGUUGGCUUAGCUGAGAUGAUUGGGAAGGUGGACUUUAAUAAAGAUAUGGACUUCUGGCAACUGGACAAGUGGAAUGGUUUCUUCCCUGUUAAGUGGCAUGUUAUAAAAGAUAUCCCUAACAAGGAGUUGUCCCACAUCAUCCUAGAAAACAAUGAGAACAGAUCUGUAACUUAUAGCAGAGACACUCAAGAGAUUGGUCUCAAGCAAGGGUUAGAAAUGCUGAACAUUUUUAAAAGAUACUCAGCAAAAUCAUCAUUGUUAGAUGACUUUGGAUUUUAUGAAAAUCGAGAAAAGACUCUUAAUGCAAAAAAGAAUUACAAGCCCGUUACUCUACGAAACAAGGAAGAUGAUUUUACCAAGCAAACUAAAGCAGGAGAGAGGAAAGUGGAAGAAGACUUGAGGAGGACCAAGAAAACCAGUGAUGCAACAUCCCUCAUCAAUCUCACCAAAAAUCUGUCCCUCAAUGGCUGCACUCUAAAGAACAGUGCUGUAAAGAACCCAAUAGAAAGUUCAUUUCCUUCCUUCCCGACACCAUAGCUAUUCAACUAAUAGUAGUUAAGAUCAGCUAGGAGGGUUAUUUUCUGUUGCAGUCUUCUUCCUUUAUCUUUUUACUUUAAAAUUCUUUUUCGGGUUUCUUAGUUAGCAAGCAGUGAAUUUGAAUUAGCAUUUGUUGGAAGAUUAUGGUUCAUUUCUGAAAUAGUUAAGUUCUUUGCUUGUCGAAUCCAGUUCCUUACAGAAUAAUAACAUAUCGGAUCAAUAUGAUGAUUGGUAUCUGAUUUAAAGAUCGAUUCAA